AUGACUUAUCCCGCGGUCGCAUCACACCAGCCACCAGAAUAUCCGGAUUCCACUGUACCCUUCCCUGACUUCCCGGGCCGCCACAGCCUUUCCCCGGAGCUGGACCGUCAGAUCUCGGAGCUGAUCAGCGCGAUGGAAGCGGCGCGAGAGGCCAGCGAUCGCGUGCGGCGGCUGUUUUGCCGCUCGCUGUACCCGUGUAUCAAGCGCGAGCUCGGAUCUCUCCGCGAGGGGGGGCCGCCUGGAGAUGCGAAAGUUGGCGGCGAGAACGGCGGUGAAGGCGGCGAGAACGGCGGUGAAGGCGGCGGGAAACGCGCAAGUACUCAGGGUGAGGAGGUCGGGAGGGCAGAACGGCUCGAAGACGACGGGGAGAACGGGCUGGAUGGCAAUUCAAAGGGGUCUUCCCUGAUAGUGCAUGAUAAUUCUCUUGGGAUGGACAAGAGGGUGACGAGUGUAUGGAGGUCAAAAGUACGGAUCCCUACAGGUACCGAGCAGGAGGAGGAGGAUAAGGCGGUGGAGGAGGUGGCGGAGGAGGUGGAGGAGGAUGGGGGGGAGGAGGGGAAGGAGGACGAAAGGAAGGAGGAGGAGACCAGACAAGGGCUUGGCAGCAAAGAACCGACUAAGGUCGGAUUGCCAUAUGGUAGAGGCGUUUCUGCCUCUGUUUUGCCAUUUGGAGCGCCCAUCGAUGCCGUUGGAAUUUCUGUGCCAGAGGCGGCUGAGGAGGAGAGUGGCGGCGAGAGGGUGGCGGGCAGGCUCGAAGGAGCGAGGAGGAGAGUUGAGCCGGCAAAGCAUGGCGACGGCGCUGCUAGUGUACCUGCUGCUGUGAGUGCGUUUCCAGAGGCAGAGACAGGGAGCGCAAAGGAGGAGAAAUGCCUGCGAGGCUUGGACGAGCAGCAUGAUGACAUUGAUGCAAGCGAUACUGACUCGGAAGAGGACCACCAUGUGCUCGAUUCUCAAAGGAAGAGGAGUGAUGGGCUGCCGGAGGGGGAUAGCUGCACACCCAGCAGUGCCACUGCGGCUGCUGCAGCAACCAUGGCUGCCUUGGAGCGGAAGCACGGUGCGAAGGGAAAAUACCAGGUUGGUGGUGAAUCUGCUAUGAAUCUCGAGGUGAGGGGGAAACGCCCCGGGGAGAUGAAGAGUAUGGGGCAGUAUCGAGACGAGAUUUUUUAUCGAGACGAGGCUGAGACACGGGUGGCUGCUGAUGUGGCUGUGAUUGGAGAUCUGCCUGUUGCUUCCAAGGGCGCAGGUGCAGUGAGUGUGGUAGUGGGGCAUGCGGUGGGUGUGGGUGUGCAUGCAGAGGCGAAAGGGGAGGGUGGGACUGGAGCAGCAGGUGCGGAUGGGGCUGGAGCAGUGAGGGAUUCAGGUGCAGCAGGAGAGGAAGUGAUUGGUGGCAGUGCACGUGCGAGGAGGAGCAGCAGCACCAGCAGCAGCAGCAGGAGCAGCAGCGGUGGAGAUGGAGUUGGUAGUGGGAGGGUGUGGCGCGGACGAGGGGAUGGGGAGUCUAUGGAUCGGCAAAAUUCGUUGCAGCAGCAGCAGGAGGAGGAGGAGGAGGUACAGAAGGAGCAGCAGGAGCAGGGACUGUUGCAGCAGAGGCAAGGGCAUCAGGGGCAGGUGCUGUUGGAUUUCGAUGGCAUGGACGAGGACGACGGGGCAAGGGGUGCACUUGGUGUUGUUGGUGCUGCUGGUGUGCGGCAGAGCAGCGAGAGGAAGAAACGAGGGGCAAAUGGUGGAGCAACGACAGCAGAAGUGCUUGAUGUUAGCAUGGUCUUACCUGGGCGGCCGCCCCUUCCCCGAACUGCAGGGACAGCAGCAGAACUGGGAGAGAAGCGGCAGGGAGGGGCGAAGACGUCACGUUGGAGGUGUGCCAAGACAGUUGGCAGCAGCACGGUUGCAGCGGCAGGCGGCACUGGUGCUGCAGGCGUGGGCAACUGUGACAUUGAUCUGCUCGACUCACCUGAGAGGGCUGCUUGGGAUAGGAUUGCUGGUGGCGGUGGUGUUGGUGCGGGUGCGAAUGGAGUGAGGAAGCAGGGUGGGAGAAGAGGGGAGGGCGGAGCGAAAGGAGGGAGUGGUGGUGGUGCUGUUGGCGCCAGCGGGCCUCCCCCACCGUACAAAUACGUGGACGUGGUUCGGAAGAAAUCAGACCGUGAGGCGCUGCAGGCAGGUGAGUGUGAGACGUGCCGCAAGUUCUACGAUGCGAUUCUGGACGGGGAUGUGGACGGUGUGAUGGUGCCUCGCUGUGAGCAGCACCAGGAGGCGUCUCGGCACCGAUAUCGCUUCGCACCUCCGUCCACUCCCCCUGGGUUCUGGAAUGUGGGGUUUGAUUCUGAUUUGUGA